AUGGGGCUCAGAGAAGCAGUUUUGUUAGGAUCUGUGCUUCUCUUCUCAUGUGGGAAUCUUCGUGUAGCCUCACAAAACUGGUUUAACUUCAGCACCAAUGAGACUCUGAAACAAAUCCCACAAGAGGAAGCGACAGCGAUCUUACAGCUGCCGAGAUCACCGCAGACCACAGACCAUCAGUCAAACCGGACAGGACAAGGUGAUGCGCACCGCUUUCCUGUCAGCUACCGGCUCAGGAGCUACCAGCUCAGGAGCCCAGCUGUCAGCAAGCAGAAACCGGCCCGGCCUCUCAUGGAGCACAUGCAAACUUUUCAAAACCCUGAGAGAUCAGAGGCCAGAAAGCUGACCUCAGAGCAGCUGGAGCUGAGGGAAACUGUCCUUGCUCCAGAGUUGUUAAAAGGCCCAGAUCUGAACCCUCCUGUCAAGCAGGAAUCCAAAGUGCUGGUGAAGAUAGAGCAGCAGGUGCCUGUGCCAGCUGACAGCGUGGCAGUGCGCUGCGGUGAAGGAGAAGUCACCGUAGAGGUCAAGCAGAACUUCCUAGGAAACGGUCAGUUGAUCCGUCCCAGUGAUCUGACCUUAGGAGGCUGCGCUGCGCUAGACGCCGCUGACCACAUCCUGCACUUCCAGACAAAGUUACAGGGCUGCGGCAGCACAAUGACGAUGACCGAAGACGCCCUCAUAUACGCCUUCUCCCUGAUGUACUCUCCAACACCCAUUGCCAACACCUUCAUUUUCAAGACCAACCAAGCUGAGGUGGUAAUUGAAUGCCACUAUCAAAGGAGGCAUUAUGUGAGCAGCGACGCCGUGAGGCCUACCUGGAAGCAGUUCGCCUCAGACAUGCUAGCAGAGCAGCAGCUGCACUUCUCCCUACGUCUCAUGACAGAGGACUGGCAGUCGCAGAGGCCUUCCAGUGUUUACUUCCUGAGUGACGUGAUGCACAUUGAGGCGGCGGUCCUCCAGGGUCACCACGUUCCACUGAGGGUCUAUGUGGACAGCUGUGUGGCCACUGCGAGCCCCGACCCCAGUUCCCAACCCAGAUACCCCUUCAUCAGUAACCAUGGGUGUUUAACUGAUGCUAAGCUGACAGGAGCCAAGUCUUACUUCAUGCAGAGGAGCCAAGAGGAUAAACUUCAUUUCCUGCUGAAAGCCUUCAGGUUCAACCAAGAUCACAGGAAUUCACUCUACAUCACGUGCCAUCUGAAAGCAACAACGGUCUCUGUUCCUGUCGACUCGCAACGCAAAGCGUGUUCAUUCCUGACUGAGGCGAACAGAUGGGUGGCAUCAGGUGGAGACAAUAAGGUGUGUAGCUGCUGUGAAACCAGCUGCAGUGAGCGGAGAUGGAAAAGAAGCCUGGCAGCAGAUGCUGUGGAAGGUCUUCCUCUAGAUCUGCAGUGGGAGGGGACGGCUGCUCUGGGCCCCAUCCUGCUGGAGGAGCUGAUGGAGGUGUCGGAGCUUCCCCCAGAGCCGGUCUCUCUGCUCCAGACACAUGAAGUGAUUCAAGCAGCUUUUUAUCCAUCGAUAGCCCUGCUGUGUGGAGUGGGUGCAGCACUGGCCGUGGUGUUGCAAGUUUUUAUGGGUGCUGUCAUUUGCAGCAGGCUACGCAAGCCAACUGGACACGCUGUUUAUACCUGA